AUGGCUACCGAUCCUUCCCUCCAGGACCCCCUUCUGGCCCUCCGUCGCGCCAUUGCAGCUGGCAACCUACCCACUGCGACGACAUCCUCCGAGCUCUCGACCGAUAACGCAACUGAAGAUCUGGCUAAAGCAACCCAUUUGUACUUCCAGCAUCCACUACCCCAGUCACUCGCGCUAAACACGCCGACUCGAUUCAUCUCGUCCGACUCCCCUGUUGACCUCCGCGGUAUCUUCUUCGCAUAUCAGAAAAAGGAUGUUGCGAUUCCCGAAUAUAUCACCUCGGUGCAGGAGCUGAAUGAGGCACUGAAACAGAAGGAGCGCGGCGAGGGGACACCAGAAGAAAGGGCGCAGAAUUUGUCGUUUGUUGAGCGCUUGGAUUUGAUUACAUGGCUGGAGGGCGCUUCGGACGACAGUGAAUAUAUCAAGCCCCUUGAGGGGGUUGCAGGUGUUCCCUCGUCGGCGGCCCAAGUUCAGGCCUCUGCCAAUGUUGGCUCUGUUGCCACAGGUGUAUCUACUGCUCCCAGUGGCGCACCCGCUCCGGGAGCCGCAGCUGGGAAGGCUGGGAAAGUCAUCGAUCCUAGGCUUCAAGAAAUCUACAACGGGGAGCGAAAAUUGGGAGAUCGCAACAGUGUUCUACGAGGGAUUAAGCAGACGGACUUUUCGCAUGUUCGCAAAGUCGCCGAAACCUUCCUCGGACGCAAUCGAUCACGGACAAGUCAAUACCCCCCAGGCGCAAAGCCCGGAGCCAAACCACAUGCCAUGGUUCCAGCGCCAUCAGCAGGCCUCUCUCAACCUCGCAAGGGCAGCUCAAAAACUCAGGAUCCCAUCAUCCUCCUCUCCCCCUCCGCCUCUUCCCUCAUCCGCAUGUCAAACGUCCGGUCGUUCCUCGGCGACGGAGUAUUCGUCCCUCCCGACCACGCCACACUCGCUAUGCCCAGUGCCUCCAGCAACAUCUUAUACAUUAACCGUCCGUUAGGGAUCUCCGACCCAUCAUCGUCAUCCCGCGCCGUCGGCUCGCAGAGCCAGUCCCGGAAACCCACCCGCUUCAUCCUCGUAGACAGCACCGCCAACUUCAAACCCGACUACUGGCAGCGACUGGUCGCCGUCUUCACCACCGGCCAAACCUGGCAAUUUAAGUCAUACAAGUGGUCCUCACCGCCGGAACUCUUCAAGCACGCCUCAGGCAUCUACGUCGGCUGGCGCGGAGAAGAUACCCCCCGCGAAGUCCGAGGCUGGGGCCGCGGCGUCCGCAGCUUCGCCGUUGAACGCUGGGAUGAAAAAGGUGGCGUCAACGGUGCAGGACGCUGGCGGGACCGCGAAGUCGUUGAAGGAAUCUGGACUGCCAUCGAGGAAGGCAUGAAGCUACGAGGCUGGGGGUCUAAAUAG